UCUGCUCUGUGUCUGCCUCUGGCUUGUCCCAUUGUUCAUCCUGUGCUGUGGGCACUGGAAAGAAACCAUACUUUCCAGAAUGAAUCUCUUCUGCUUUUCUCUGGAGGGCUCUAUGGACAGUCUGUACGAGGCCAUGCAGGAGUCCUGUGAGGCUCAGGUGUACACCAUCCCCAGCAGGUCCUGCAGCCCAGCUGUUCUCUCAGACGACGCCACCAAAUGGAGAAGUGCGGGCCGUUCCAUCUCCAUGGAAAUUUCACAAAUCAACUCAGACAACACUAGAAAAAAGAAACAAAGUUCACUACCAAAAUCUGUUUCUGAAAAUGAAGCUUUAGAUAAUACCGUCUGCACUAAUUCUGUCUGGCCCAGUGCCAAAAUGCAGGAAGAUUUAGUCCUCCUGAGGAAGAAUCAGAAUGAAGAUAUGGUGAGAGGUAUAAAAAGGGCUAAAAGCCAGACAACGGCAGACAGAAAGACCAUUUCAAGAAACAUACAGCAAGAGAUUCCUGUCCAGAUUGUCUAUUAUGAGGGGUGUAAUCCAAACCAAGAUCAGCUAAGAAGCAGACAGAAUGGCAUGCCUGAGACAGCAGUUGCAGAUGUGACACAGCUAAGAGGGACAUGGAUGAAAAAAGUAGAGAGGAAAAGCAGUAAGAGAGGAACUUCAACACAAGAAACAACAUCUCACAUCAAAGGUGUCAAAGGAAUGAUGUGUGACACUGCUGGGGGGUCAAAGGUCACAGAGACAGCACCCGCCAGACAUCGCUGGAGUAACCCCACUGAAACAGCCUUAAACUGGGUACCACCCAACAACACCUGUCUACCUCCCUGCAAUGAAUAUCGAGUUCACAUCUGUGACUGGACUACAUCGACAACUCCAAGUCAAGAAGAUAAAAUCAACAUUCGAAACUCGAAGAGAGACUCCUUCACCAAAGGAGUGUUGCGUUCUAGCACCAGUGUGGAUUUCUGUGCCUCCAAUAAUGGAUUAUCAAAACAUAUUGUUUUUGCAUGUAUAAAACAGGCAGAGAGUGAAUCAACAGCAGAAAACUGUGAGAAACCAGGAAGUUUGGGAAAAAAGAUGAAAGCCAUCUCGAUGACUAUGCGUAAACGGAUGGCCAAGAAACACAUAAAAUCCUACUCUGACGACAUGGGGGAUGACACUGAGGGAGAAACAGAGAAUGGGUCUCCAGCAGAGAAGAGCUCAGACCAAACCAGCAACUCAUUAGAAAGCCUCUACAGUGGACAGAGCUCAUCCAGCUCAGGUGGUGUGGCUAGCAAUUCAGAUAUAUCCAGUAACAGACACAGCCGGAAAUUGGAAGAGGAAGUGCCCUACACGGGACAGUUCUGCGGGCGAGCUAAAGUACAUACAGACUUUGUCCCCAGUCCAUAUGAUACAGACUCCCUAAAACUGAAGGUGGGAGACAUCAUCAGCAUCAUAAGUAAACCACCUAUGGGCAUAUGGACUGGCAUGCUUAAUAAUAAAGUGGGAAAUUUCAAGUUUAUUUAUGUGGAUGUUCUGCCUGAGAAAGAGAAGGAAGAAGAGGAGGCCCCAAAAAUAAGACCUGUGAAAGUAUGCAAGAAGCCACGACCGAAUACACUCCUGGAGUUAUUAGAGAGACUUCAUUUAGAGGAAUAUGAAUCUUCAUUACUCCUCAAUGGCUACCAGACAGUAGAUGAUCUCAAACAUCUGAAAGAGAGGCAUUUGAUUGAGCUGAAUGUGACCGAUCCAGAACACAGACGCAGGUUGCUUGCUGCAUCAGACUGCCUCUAUGUGCCUCUAAGCAAAGACGAAGAGGGAGCGAUGAAGGGCAAUGAGGAGGAAGACGAAGAUAAUGACUGUCCCAGAGACUCGGGUUGUUUUAUUCCUGCAGAGUGUCCUGACAGCUGAGCUGAGAGUUAUCCAGUGUCUCUCUCCUGAUAUCAUUUCAUGUUAAAGCUACAAACAGACCCACAACUCUGUUAAUAUGUUUUCUUUUUUUGUGCUCCUCUUUCAUUUAGAUGUACUUGUGCGUUUUUAUUUACACGUUCUUUGUUCAGCUUUGUGUUGAUGUAACCUAUUUCUGUUACUGCAGAUCUUAUUUGAACUUUCAUGGCAACAUACUUGUGUGUGAGGAAUUUUUACAGCUUUUACAAAUGUUUAUGAUGACUGAAUUGUAUAUAAUAUUAUUUAAAAAUGUUAUUUAUUCUGAA